GAAUCGUUGGAAACGAAUUAGGAUCCAAAGUCUGUAUCUUCAGAAGAUAAUGAGGACCCGAAGUAAAUAUUACCAAAAUGAGAAUGAAGAUUUGGUCAAAUUGGAAACGUUGCCACGAUGUAAACGCAAACCGAGGCAUCUCCUCGGCCGUGAAAGGGUUGAAGUAACUUCGUGCUCUGCCCUGACCUGGUCUUGCUCGCGGUUGUUGGAUGCAUAAGCCAGUAAUACAAAGAACCAGUCGAAAGGGUGCAUAACCUCAAAGAUACUGCGUUAAAUAAUCAAUGAGAAGAAUCAAAAUCUCUACACCAUAGAUUUGAGGAUUUGAUUCAUUAAAAAAUAAAAGAAGAGAAGGAAGUGUUAGAAGUUGAUGAGAGUGUACGACAAAUCUGUGACUGCACUUAGCCGCAUCGUGGGAAGGCUAAUCCGGAUCAAUGCGAUCCAAAUGAUCUUUCGAGGCGCGCGUUGACUUCUAGCCUCGAAGGUGCAGCAUGAAGAAGUCAUUCCAUCGAUUACAUCGUGCUUCGAAUCGGAAAGAAUUUGAUAUUUCAUAGGUGUCUGGAACAGGAGAGGCUGGAUCAUCACACUGAAGUAUUUUGAACUUCUCUUGUAGUCAUUGUUGCAGAUGAAAACACAUCAUUUUCAUAUACUUCAAGUUGAGACCAUUUUCCUAAAUUAUGGAAGUUGUUGUGAAUAAUAGAGGUUUGUUGUUUCCAGUAGAUCAUUGUACUUUGAACAUCAUAGAACGGCAUAAGAAAAUUCUUCUAAGAAAGAGUGAAUUGAUCAAAAUAUUCAAUGUUUAAAAUUGAGACGAAUAAUAUGUAUAUCAACAAACAUAUAUUCAGAAAAACGUAAGACAGCAAGAAGAUGCAUUUGUGCCAUUUUCUACUCAACUCUUAAGAUAUCAAAUCAAGUUCCAAGAAUGAUGAGAAAUAUUAAAAUAGCAAACCUAACAGCAAAAAAUUCAAUCAAUCUAUGCUUCAACAAAAUUACACCCUGUGAUACCAACCCCUAUAAAGGAAUUAUCAUCCAAAAAUCUGAACCAAUAUUAUUUUGCUAUCUAUCAAAAAAUAUCUAUCAAAUGUAGUAAUACUGUAAUAAUAGCAAGUCUGGAUUCUACAAUAAUAAAAUAACUAACACUACACAUCAUAAUAUCAAACUAUAAAGAAGCUAUUAAUCCAAAACUCUGAAACAAUCCUAAUUUUCAAUCUAUCAGGAAGUGUCCUUCAACUAUGUGAUAGCAGCAAACCUAAAACCUAUAGCAGCAAAUACUAUAUUCUAUGAUAACAAACAACAAAGAAACUAACCGCUACUGCUAAUCUAUCAAAAAUGAAAAACGUUGUUCGAAUGUUAUUAUACACAAGGAACAAUCUGAGAGCCAAAAGAUAAAUUGAUGAAUGAAGAGACGAAGGGGGAAGUGACGUGUUGCCCGAUGAAGGAAGAAGGUGGUGCAGGAUUCGCGUUCUCCGGGUCGACGAUGGCAAGGUUCUAAGGCAAGGUGAGGCAAGUGUUCUUUUGAAGAAAAACGGUGUACGUGAGUUAGGUUCGGCACUUUCGAGCCUUUAGUUCUCUUCACAACAUGUUUUACCUUCAGAUAGCAAUACUUUGCAUGGCAGUAGUGCACGUGAUAUGUGAUCUACCACCAGGGACAAGGCGCAACACCUAUUUGCCACCUGAACCAACCAAGGGAUACACCUACGACACGCCUCGGAUACCAUUUACAAAACCAACCACCCCACGACCGUCAUUUCCCACGACGACGCCGUAUUCAUCACGUCCAUACUCCAAACCGACCCCCUCCAAAUUUCCACCAUCGAGAACUACUCCUAGCGAAGGGUAUCCACCAACAGGUACCAGACCCACCCCAGAAUUUCCUGAUUAUGGGACACCCACUAGGCCAACUGGAACUACUUUACCUGCUGGUGGGCACGAUCAUCAUCAUCACGAGCCAGGAAUGCCAUUCGACUUCAACUACGCGGUGAAGGAAGACGCAUUUGGAAAUGAUUAUUCCCACAACGCGAUAAGCGACGGAGACAUCGUCCGUGGGGAAUACAGAGUCCAGCUUCCGGACGGAAGGCUGCAGGUCGUUCGUUACACCGCCGAUUGGAAACACGGCUUUAGUGCGCAGGUCUCAUACGACGGGAAUCCCCGCUUUGACGUACCACGGCCGCCUGGCAAUUUUGCUGGAUAUUAGACUAUUAGUGGACUGUGGAUGAUUAUGCAUUUAUUUAAAGAAAAUUUACACUGUAUAAAAUGCGAAAAUAUAAUUUCAAGAAAAUAUCUAAAAUAGAAGUAGAGUCCGGAUCAAUAAAACUUAAAGUUAUAAUCAAAAGAUAUCAACUAGAACUUAAACUGAAAACUUAAAAACAUGAACUAAGAAUCAUGAAAAUACGAAAAAAAAUUUUAUAAUAAUUAAUAUCAAACUCUUGCGUAAAAUUGUACAAUGUAGAAAUAGGUCUUAUAUAUAAAAGUUACUUGUUAGAAUUAUGAAAAUUGGAUCCACAGUGAACGUAUUAAUCGAGACCCUACUGUACUUAUUAUAAUAUAUAGUAAGUGAACCAAAUCUCCAUUUAAGUUCCACUUUUUUAACUAUAUUCUCCAAAAUACGAAAUUGCAUAAAUAUCCGCAGUCUAGCUAUUAGAGUCUAAUCUGUGGUUGCGAACCAUGUUAACACACGUUUGUCUUGCGGUUCUUAUUGUUAGUCUUUACCGUGCUGUCUCUGUGUCUCCAUUUGUUGCCGCUAACUAGCUGAGGUCAUUGUCUGGAUUAUCGAGACGUUUCUUUCAGGUCGCUAGUGUCAUCAAAUAGGUAGUUCUACGAGGGGCGUCGCCACUGUCGCAUGCAGAACUCUUCUUUGAUCUUCACAAUGGUUUUUAAAAAAUGCAAAAAUUAGUGAAACAAGUAUUUAGAAAUAUUAUUAUUAAAUAAUACAUAAAUAUUAUUAUGAAAAGUAUAAUUUUUUAAUUGUUAAAAUUAUUAAUAAUUAUUCUGAAACUUUGGAUUAAAAUUUUAAGAUACGUAGAGCAAAAGAGGAAUUCUGCAAGUAUCCUCCUUUACAAUCUACCAUUUUGUUUAUAGAAUAUAAAUGAAACAAUAUUGUUUCUGCGAUCACAAAUGGUUCAAUUCCAGCUGGUACUUAUUUUACAUCCCCUAGCCAUUGCAAAAUCUAGAUCUAAGUAAAGGAAGACCUUAGACCAGAGUAUGUUUUAUAUUCUUCAGUUAGAUGUGUCCAAUGGACAUGGAUAUAUAGGAGGAAAAAAAUAAAAAAAUUUUGAUAAAGUCAAGGUGUACUUCUUUUCUAAAGCAUAAAGUAGCAGCUAAGGACUAACUUGUAGCAAUAACAGUUUGUUUUUAAGAACACUGAUGGAACAAUACUAACCCUCUGCAAUAGUAUGUGGUCUCUAUGUAUAAUAAAACUAUUUUUAGUUGUCAAUUUUCAUCUCAAACAAAAAA